UUGCUAUUACAAGUGAAAACCAUGAAGUGGGAGAUGUCUUUGUCCUUUUACUUGUACUAUUUCCAUUCCAAAAAAAAACCCUUUUUUCUUCAUCCUCUAAUUUCAUAAUAUAUUCCUUUCCUCUCCCAAAAAAAAAAAAAAAAAAACAAAAAAGCUUCAAUCUUUCAUCAAUGGAGUCCUCCGCCGUUUACACCCCUCCACGUCUGCAAUUACAGAAGGGUUUUGGGGAAGAAGACGACGGCGACAAGUAUCUCCGCCGUGGGAUUCCGGCGGAGGAGUUGAAUCUAAUUGGAGAUUUGAAAAUGGGUUCAAUAGAACCAAGGGUUUUUUCAUGUAAUUUCUGCCGGAGGAAAUUUUACAGCUCACAAGCACUUGGAGGCCAUCAAAAUGCCCAUAAAAGAGAGAGAACGUUGGCUAAAAGAGGCGGCUACCACCACUACACGGCGGCGAUGGCGCCGUUUUUUCCAUUCCAAACUGGUCCCAAUAGAUCCCUUGGAAUUCAAAUUCACGCCAUGGUCCAUAAACCACCGCACUACACGGCGGUUUCCUCCUCCCACGGUUGGUCUAGAAUCCCAAUCCACCAACAACCCGGAAUCGGUAAGCUCCCGCCGAUCAACACCCACCGUUCUCCGCCACAUGGCUUCAACAGCAUAGGUAGGUUCAACUUGGACAUGCUCCGUUCAACGGCGGCGGCGGCGGCUGGCGGCGUUCAUUUCGACAAUAAACAAGAUGAGACCCACAAAGUAUUGGAUUUGUCUCUGAAGCUGUAAUUAAUCACAAAUUUUAGAAUUAAAAAUCUUAAAAAGCUUUGAUUUU